UUGCUCAGUGGCAGUUCCGUCCCUUUACUCGUCUGCUCAACUGAGAAGAUUCUGCAUCACUAUGGGGGAUAUACUUAAAAGCAAUGAAGUGAUACGCUCCCUUGCGGAGAAAGUGUUUGCGUCAGAGGUUCUUGAUGUAGAAAGUAAGACAGAAAUAUCCCCAUUUGAUGUUACGGAACACGUGCCCAUCUCUCACCAUGAGAUGACAGAACAUUUAAUAAAAAUGGAUACAAAGGAGGCACAGGAAAAAAGAAAAAAACGCCUUGAGCUCUUCAGGUCAGUUGCUCUUAAAAUGCCAACAAUGGAGUCUCAGCAAGUUUCCCAAGAUGCAGAACAGAAUCUCCCACUUUACUUGACUGUGCCUGAUUAUCAGAAAGUGAAGAUCACUGGAGCUUUUGCAUCAGGGGUCAGCAUUGAUGACUUUGAGCGUGCUGGAAAGGGGAUAUAUCAAGCUCUAUGCAUUCGAGAGAAAUACAUGAGAGAAUCAUUGCAGAGAUUUCCAAGGACCAUAGCCCAGCAUUUGCGACAUAUUGAAGGUGGUGUAUGGAAUGAAGCAGAUGAAAUUUACCCAGAUUUUUCACCCCCACCCCAAAAGGGAGAAGACCCUUUUAGAACCGAUAAUCUGCCUUCUGAUCUGGGUUACCAGAUGAAGAUAAAAAAUGGCGUGAUUUACAUCUAUCCAGACAAAAAUGCAAUUGCCAAGGACAAGCCUAAAGAUCUAGAUUAUCCAAAUAUUCACACCUUUAUGGAUGACAUGAAUUUUCUAUUAGCCCUCAUAGCACAAGGGCCUGUUAAGACCUACAGCCACUAUCGCUUAAAGUUCUUAUCAUCCAAGUAUAAGGUACACGAAAUGCUAAAUGAGAUGGAGGAGCUAAAGGAGUUAAAGAAUAAUCCACACCGUGAUUUCUAUAAUUGCAGAAAGGUGGAUACACACAUCCAUGCUGCAGCCUGCAUGAACCAGAAGCACCUUCUGCGCUUUAUAAAGAGGACCUAUCGAGUUGAUGCCGAUCGUGUGGUGUAUAAUUCUAAGGGCAAGCAGAUGACCUUGAAAGAACUAUUCGAUUCACUGAACCUUCACCCAUAUGACCUCACAGUGGAUUCUCUAGACGUCCAUGCUGGAAGACAAACCUUCCAGCGCUUCGACAAGUUCAAUGCCAAAUAUAACCCUGUUGGUUCCAGUGAACUGCGAGACUUAUACAUGAAAACUGAGAAUUUCAUUGAAGGGGAAUACUUUGCUACCAUCAUCAAGGAAGUAGGUUCGGAUUUGGAAGAUGCUAAGUACCAGUAUGCUGAGCCACGUCUCUCCAUCUAUGGAAGGUCCCCUGAAGAAUGGAAUAAUCUGGCCCACUGGUUUAACAAACAUAAAGUUUAUUGUCCAAACAUGAAGUGGAUGAUACAAAUCCCACGAAUUUAUGAUAUUUUCAGAGCUAAGAAUUUUGUGCCCAAUUUUGGGAAAAUGUUGGAAAACAUAUUUAUGCCUUUGUUUGAGGCAACAGUCAACCCAAAUGCUAAUAAAGAAUUAAGUGUCUUCCUGAGACAUAUCACUGCAUUUGACAGUGUGGAUGAUGAAUCCAAACACAGUGGCCAGAUGUUUUCCUCUAAGAGUCCGGCGCCUCAGGAAUGGACUUUUGAGAAGAACCCAUCAUACACAUAUUAUAUCUACUACAUGUAUGCAAACAUAAGGGUACUGAACAAAUUGAGAAGGGAAAGAGGAAUGAACACAUUUCUUUUCCGCCCACACUGUGGAGAGGCAGGUGCCAUAACCCACUUGUUAGCAGCUUUUAUGACUGCAGACAACAUUUCUCAUGGGCUGAACUUGAAAAAUAGUCCAGUGCUGCAGUAUCUAUACUAUUUAGCCAAAAUUCCCAUUGCUAUGUCACCUCUUAGUAACAACAGCUUGUUCUUGGAAUAUGCAAAGAACCCAUUGCUAGAUUUCCAUUCUAAAGGCCUAGUGGUGUCACUGUCUACCGAUGAUCCCAUGCAGUUUCAUUAUACUAAGGAACCUUUAAUGGAAGAAUAUGCUAUUGCUGCACAGGUUUUCAAGCUCAGCACUUGUGAUAUGUGUGAGAUUGCAAAAAACAGUGUCUUACAGUGUGGUUUAUCCCACCAGGAAAAUGUUUGUUUUCUGGGUGAAGACUACUGCAAAGAUGGACCUCUAGGCAAUGACAUCCGCAAGACAAAUGUGGCCCAGAUAAGGAUGGCGUAUAGAUACGAGACCUGGUGCUAUGAGCUGAACCUUAUUGUCCUAGCCAUGAAAGCCGAAGAAUGAGAGGCUCUUUGGAGAGACUGCUUUAUUUAAUGUAAAUCUCCAGACGAAAUGUUUGCCCAAUUAGAAAGUUCAUGAGGUAAAUAGUAGUAGCAACCUGAAAUUGUCAUAUACACACAUUAAUAUGAAAAAAAAAGCAAACAAAUAGUUUAAAAUAAAUGCCAAAUAGAUUAAAU